AUGAAAGUAGAACAAGUAGAAGAAAAAUUUGUAAUACCAACCCUUACUGGAGAAGAACAAUUAAAUAUUUUGUGUGGCAUCUUAAAAAUCGUGAAUGAGAGAAUCAAUAAUGGAGAAAUAACAAUAAAAGCCUUGCGCAAGCUACAAGCCUGUAUUUGUGAAGAGGUUCAGAAAGAGAGGGCUGAGAAACAAGUCCAAU